UGGGUCUGGGGGGUGGAGUAGAGAGCGUAGUAGUCGCAUUGUGGUGGUGGUGGUGUAGCCUCGCAGUUCUCGCGCCUUACGUUUGUUCUUCUCCCUCCUCCUCCUCCUUCUCAACUUUCUUUAGUCUCUUCUCUUCUCUUCUCUCUCCCUCGCUCUCUCUCUCUCUCUCGAUCUCCCUCUCUCUGUCUCUGUCUCGUUCGUUAGCAAGGUUGAGACACUCUUUGCCACGCUGCCAUUGAGCUUCGAUCGAUUGUUGUGAGUAGGUUUUGCGGAGCGUUCUGCGCGUGGCGGCAGUGAUGCUUUCUUGAGGUUGCAGCUUGAGGCGAGGGAAAACGUCAUCUGGGCGUCGUUGGGGGGAGCUUUGUGUGUGUUUAGGGGACGGUUGCUGGAAGCGGUGGAUAUGGACGAAUCGGUGGAAGUAGGGAAACGAGAGCAUGUACUAGUGGUUGUGGUGUUGUAGCGGGUGGCUUCAGUCUUGCGAGGUUUGAGUUUAGAGUUGCUGGAGUUGGGAGGUUUGUGGACAGAAGGGGUGUGUUGUGGGAAAUGUGUUGGAGGAGGGGGGGUUUAAUUGGAAGGGAUUGGGGAAGAUAGAAGCGGUGAUUGGCGGCUCUGAGAUCUUGAUCGAGAGUAUGUAAUGGGUGUAGGAAGAGGGAGAAGAGGUGGCGGGGGAAGAGGUGCAGCGGGACAUUGCAUGCUGUGUGCAUCAUGGGUGGAGGGCACUUAAGUAGCAGAAGUGGAGACGAUAUGGCGGAGGGGAACCUAGGGCCAACCAUGACAAGCCUCCAGCAACAGCCUCUGCCGCUGAUUCCAAAUCCCCACAAUAGUCGGCCGUGUUACAGCGCCACCAACAGCUCAAGUAGUAAUGCUCGCGGGGCAAAUCUUGCGAAAUUGGACACUCCCGAUGCGUUCCCCGCUGGGCUGCGGGUGCUCGUCGUCGAUGAUGAACCCGUUACCCUCAUGGUCUUGGAGAAAAUGCUUACCAACUGCUCUUACCGAGUUACUACAUGCGGACGAGCGACAGAUGCACUGUGUUUACUUAGGGAAGACAUCGACAAGUUUGAUCUCGUCAUCAGUGAUGUUAACAUGCCGGAUAUGGAUGGAUUUAAGCUGCUGGAGCUUGUGGGGCUAGAAAUGGACCUGCCUGUCAUAAUGAUGUCUGGAAACGGAGAGACGAGCGCAGUUAUGAAGGGUAUCACGCAUGGUGCGUGCGACUAUCUUCUUAAACCAGUGAGACAAAAGGAAUUAAGAAAUAUCUGGCAACACGUGGUUAGAAAGAGACGACAGGAUGUAAAAAUUGCUCGCGAAACGAAGAGUGUUGAGGAAGGUGGCGUCUGCGUUAGGGAGAAGCGAACUGGGCCAGACGAUGUGGACUACACGUCGUCUGCCACUGGUGACACUGGUGACGGAAAUUGGAGGAAAAAAAGAAAAGGAGAGAACCAGACGUUCAAAGACGAAACUGAAGAAGAUGUUGAGCAGGAGAAUGAUGACCCGUCCACAAUGAAAAAACCCCGAGUAGUGUGGUCUGUGGAACUUCAUCAACAGUUCGUCAGUGCUGUGAAUCAACUAGGAAUAGACAGAGCUGUCCCGAAGAGAAUACUGGAGUUGAUGGGUGUGCACGGUCUCACACGUGAAAAUGUUGCCAGCCACCUGCAGAAAUACCGCUUAUAUUUAAAGAGAAUCAGUGGCGUCAGUAAUCAGCAGAGUAAUAUGAGCGCACAUUUUGGAGGACCUGAGCCAUUCUCUAUGCUGUCUCCUGAUAUGAGUGUGAGUAUAGCAAACGGGCAGCUGAAUCCUCAGGCCUUGGCCCAAUUCCACAUGCUGGGCAGGAUGAAUUCAUCCAAUGGAGUAGGUUUUUCUGGUGGCCUCGACCCCAUGUUAAGUCACCAAAUUUUUCUGCAGGACUUGCCUAGACCUCCUCAUUUGAAUAACAUGCUCAAAAGAAACACCGGCAUGCUCUCUCCUCUGCCAAACGCAAUGCCACACUUGGAACCUCAACUCGCUGAGUGUCACCAUAGCAGCCACCACCUGCCUGUGAUGAAUGAAUUGGAAGACUUCUCUACCAAUUCCAAGGUUUUUCCACAGAUGAAUGGUAACCUUGACGUAUCUAUUGCGUCUCUAGGAGUCGGGAAUGGAGGCCUUGGCUCCAACCCUAGCAAUGACACACUAUUGAUGCAUAUGCUACAGUCACGGACAGCUCAGCAAGGUAGCGCGUUAUCGCCAACUUUGCCACAACCUAGAGGUGGUCUGACUCCAACUCAUCUUCUAUCCAAUGAUGUCGGUUUUGCUUCUGUUGGUUCAUUGCCAAACUUGGCCCCUGCUGUUGGAUUAUCAGCCAUAACUGGAUCAGGUGGCGCAAGGGAUCUCUCACCCUCAGCAGUUGGCACAGGAGGCUCUUUAUCAAGUCCUCUGGGACCUUUAGUCCGGCGGCCGCUGAUGGUUGAAGAGCCAUCUAAUCUUGUGAACUUCAGCAUGGCUCCCUCUGUUCAAUCACCGAAACCUGGAGGUGGUGCAGGUGUGAAUGAGAGCUUGGAUCAGCAGCCGACAAUGUGGGGAUUGUAUAACCCUUUAACCCAAUUAAACCCUGGGCACUCACGGGGGCUUUCUCAGGACAAUUUCCCAUGGUCGGGAUUGGCCGUGAAUCUAGGUUUGGGAGACAGCCAGUCUUUAAGCGUGGGUAUGAGUUCGGGCUUAGGCGCCCAGUUUUCACCUCAAGGUCAAGACCAUGGGAUUGGGUUUGCAUCUCCUGGACAGGGGUCGUACAAUCGCCAAAAUGUGAGCUUUCCAGUAAGUUCCGCACUGGAUGGCAGAAUGGUUAGGUCUUCUUACGAGCCGUAAGGUCUUCUAGUCGGGUAGAGAACCUGAAGCUCAUAACUGCGGUAGGCUAAUGACAUCUAAGCUUUAUUAUAUGAAAUUCUAACCAGCUGCAAUGAGGGGUUCUGUAAUAGUUUGCUGAGAGUUUUCUCCCUUUAAAGUCUGUCUGUUCAGACAAUUUGGAACAGCUACUCUUUGAGGUCCUUGCUUUUAACCUCGUAGUGCGCGUAGUUCGGAGAAGGUCAUUAGGCCAUGUGGUUUUUCUAAUUGAAGCAGGCGGCAGCAGUUCUAGCCCUUGCUUGAAACAGCCGUUGCACUACGUCGAUUUCAAUCUUCUGGAAGGCGGUGCUCCCCAUGCAGUUACAAAUUCAGUGAUAAGUCGAUUCGGCAAUCAAGAUACUCCACUGUGCGCCAGGGUAAUCGUUGGUGCUAAUCUGCUGACGAGACUCUUGGGGAGCUCAGUUACACCCUGUUCAUGUAAUUCAAACUUUCGCCUUAUGACAUUCUCAAAACUCUAGAAAAAUGCUCGGA